GGCGCUGCGGCGGCCGCGGCUGCUGCUUCCUCGGGCCAUUUUGCUGUGGAGCGACUGGGAGGAGGAGCCGCGGAGGAGACCCAGGGCCCGGAGCCGCGAUCCGAGCAGGCGGCGGCCGCGCGGACUCCGUCUUUCCGCGGUCGCGGGGAUCUCGAGGGGCGAGGCGAUCACCGGGAGGGGGACCGGAGAGCCGCGCCCGCCGCGCGGAGCGCCCCUUCCCGCCCCUUGCACCAUGAGCUGGGGCACUGAGCUCUGGGAUCAGUUUGACAACUUAGAAAAACAUACACAGUGGGGAGUCGACAUUCUUGAGAAAUACAUCAAGUUUGUAAAGGAAAGGACAGAGAUUGAGCUCAGCUAUGCGAAGCAACUCAGGAAUCUUUCGAAGAAAUACCAACCUAAGAAGAAUUCGAAGGAGGAGGAAGAAUACAAGUACAGGUCAUGCAGAGCCUUCCUCUCCACCCUGAAUGAGAUGAACGACUACGCCGGACAGCACGAGGUCAUCUCCGAGAACAUGACCACACAGAUCACGGUGGACCUGGCCCGCUACGUGCAGGAGCUGAAGCAGGAGAGGAAAUCGGAUGCUCAGCACCCAGAAAUCAGGAUCAUUCAAGAACAACUCUGACAUUGUAUGAAGAAGAGCCAAAAACAUAAGAACAAUUCUCUUGAAUGCACCCAACAGAGUACUACAAAG